GAGACAGCACUUAGGAUUGGCUCGGGCAAAGAGAAAUUAACUGUAAGAUUCACGCGAGUCUGGGGCGCCAGACAGAGCUUUCGCCUGAGUCGAGUUUCGCCUCGCCCCACACUUGCCACCCACGGAAUUGUCAUUCGUCUCGUCUCUAAUCUUUUCGGAUUAUUUUUUGGGUCCAGCGCCCAGUGGGACGCGCUUACAGUGCAGAAGGGCACGAUGUUGGGAAGCGGAGGUGUUUACGCCAGCAAGAAGCGGAAGAAACCCUUGCCGAAAACAUGUACUGCACCUCGUCCAGAAGGUGCCAAAUCCAACCCAUCCAAACGCCACAGAGACCGUUUGAACUGUGAACUAGACAAGCUGACCAGUCUGCUUCCCUACCCUGAAGAUGUGCGGGCACGUCUUGACAAGCUGUCUGUGCUGCGCCUCAGUGUUGGAUACUUAAAAGUCAAAAGCUUCUUCAAUGCAUCCUGGAAGAAAAAUGGUGUGGGGUGGUUACCAGAGCAACACAGACCCUUUGGAGGCAUUGGUCAAAACUCUGUCCAGAUCAGUGGAGUCAACUUUUCAGAAGGGGAAUUGCUGCUUCAGGCGCUGAAUGGCUUUGUUUUAGUGGUCACAGCAGAAGGAUAUGUGUUCUAUGCAUCACCAACAAUACAGGAUUAUCUUGGCUUUCACCAGUCGGAUGUGCUUCACCAGAGUGUCUUUGAACUGAUCCACACAGAUGACCGAGCUAUGUUUAGACGCCAGCUACAUUUUGCUCUAAAUCCUGAUCCCUUCAAAGGAGAACUAGGGGCUGAAGGGUUACAAGAUGAAAAUGGCCCUGGGAUUUCCAGUAAUAUUGUCAACUAUGAUCCUCAUCAGAUACCACCAGAGAACUCCUCUUUUCUGGAGCGCAGUUUCUACUGCCGAUUUCGCUGUCUUUUAGACAAUUCUUCAGGGUUCCUGGCACUUAAUUUUCAAGGACGGCUGAAAUUUCUUCAUGGACAAAAUAAGAUGUCUGACGAUGGCACCAGGAUACCUUCCCAGCUGGCUUUGUUUGCAGUUGCUACUCCACUGCAACCACCAUCCAUCCUUGAGAUCAGAACCAAGACAUUUAUAUUUCAAACAAAGCAUAAGCUGGACUUUACUCCAAUGGGAUGCUGUGCCAGGGGAAGAGUCGUGCUGGGAUUUUCAGAAGCAGAGCUGUGCAUGCGAGGCACUGGAUACCAGUUUAUUCAUGCAGCUGACAUGAUGUAUUGUGCAGAAAACCAUAUGAGAAUGAUAAAAUCUGGUGAGAGUGGCUUGACGGUGUUCAGACUGCUGACAAAACACAGAGGAUGGGUUUGGGUUCAGGCUAAUGCCAGGCUGGUCUACAAAGGAGGAAGGCCAGAUUUUAUUAUCGCUAGACAAAGAGCCUUAACAAAUGAUGAGGGAGAGGAACAUUUGCGUCAGCGUUCCUUGCGGUUGCCCUUCAGUUUUACUACAGGGGAAGCAGUCCUAUAUGAAAAUGGCCUCAAUGGAGAAUUAUUUUCUGUUCUAGACAAAGGAGUGAGGAAUAAAAAGAGUGCUGCAUCAGAACAGAAACCAUUAGAUCCAAAUUCAUUAUUGGGUGCCAUGAUGAAGCAGGAUCAAGCCAUCUAUGUGUCCCACCCAAGUGUAACUCCUCAAUACUCUCUUGAGAAAGCUUUUAAGCCUGAUGGUUCUACCAUGAAUUUAACUACAUCUGGGUGGCAGCCACAAGGCCAGUGCCCACCAAUCAAAGAGGAGAAUGAAGCAUUUAACAUGACCAGCGCACUGGAGAAGUUGAUCAACGAUAGUGAUAUCUGCAAUACACUGAAAAAUUUGGAGGACAACACAGAGCUGCAGCAGUGGGAAGAUGCCUUACUAAAGAUGGACAUCAACAAUGAUUUAAUCAUUGAAUUAAAUGAUAUCCUCAACAAUGACAUAUUUUCUUAUUUAGAAGAUAUUUUGUUCAAGGACACUAAUGGAAUGAGUGAUAGUUUUACACAGAAAAAUGAUAAGUCAGUUCAACUGGAUACCUUGAGGUCAGUUCAGCAUGAUUCAUUUACACAGGUCAUUCCAGUUUGCCUAAAUCAAAAUGGCUUUGCUACGACAGCCAAGAAUCCUUCUAUAUAUUCUCAAGGAUCAAAUGACAUGUCAACUGCAAAACAAGGUUCACUGAACAGUGUGUUACCAUCAGCCCAGUGCCAGCAACAAUCACAGCUGUUGCAUCCAACAAGCCAGGUCAGCAAUGGUCUCCAGACUAAUCCAGUGAUGGGUGGAAGUAUGCCAGACCAUUUCCUGCACACUUCACUACCACAUUUGUCCAAUGGAGUACAUCACAAGUCUGUUUCUGAUAACACUCAGUAUCAUUUCAACCCCCUGUCUGCUUAUACAACAACAGCCCAAAAUGACACUGGCAUUUCUACUCACAAGCCAAUGCCACAGGGUCGGUCUCUGUCUUUAUCAAAUGAAGGGCAACAAAUUAUGACAAGUUCUUGCACCCAAAAUCAGUCCUGUCAAAUGUCUCUAGGUGCAUUUUCUGGGUACCCCAAAAACCGAACAGGCUCUACUUAUCCUAUGGAUAUGGAGCUAAACACAUGUGGUGGUCAGGCUCAGAUGACAUCAGAUCAGCUAAUGCUGACUGGCCAACAGGACCAAUUAACAUUUGGGCAUUUGGAAAACAGUUACCCCGAAUGUCUCCAGCAAGGGCACUCUCUACAGAAUUCGUUUGAGAGAAAUCGGUCAGUAGGCCAAAGAACGGGACAACUACCCUUUCAGAUGCCUGUGAAUUCAGAACAUUUUAAGAAAAUGCAAAACUGGCUGCAUCAACACCAGCAUCAGGCUGUGUACAAUGGUAAACCAUACUGCAUGGAAUCAUCACCUAGCAGUCACACACAAUCCAUCCUUCCAUCUAACUGCAGUCAGUCCCAGGCACUUUCAGCACUACAAAUCAAUCCAUUACAAAAUGGCAGUUUUCAGUCAACCACAAUUGGAGCAGGAAUUGAGCAAGCAAAACAUAUGUUUCAGGCAUCAACGCACAUGGACAGCAUGGCUGUGCCUGCAUCCACUAGUUGUUUAUAUGGCAACAGCUCCUUGCUACCAUAUAACACCAUCAGUGGAUCCACUACUCUGAACUGUGGCACAAGAAACUUGCCUACUGACAAGAGCCCCCUUCAGGCAUCCUGCUACUACCAGAAUAAUUCCAGUGAACAUCUUAUCGAGCCUUCAGUUAUUCCACAGGAUGAUAUUAGCAUCACCUCUCUGUCCUGCCAUGCUCGGAUUUCUCCUGAGAUCCAGCUAAAAGAGCAGCACUUUUACAACUGCAGCAUCCCAGUUAAGCAGCCAGUCCGGACUCUUGAAGAUGAUGGAGGCGGACUCUCUAUGCCAUGUAAAUCUCUUCAUAAUGUGACUGCAUAUUUCAUGGACAGUGAAGGCAAGACCAGCUGUUGUGACUUCUAAUUGGACAGAAUAAUGGGCAACACUGAACGAGGAAGAGUGACAAGCAGAGUCCAUGUAAUGGCCUCUUUUCCUGCAUAAUGUCACUAAUAUGAGCUAACACUUUGCUCGUUUAUUUUUUGGCAGCAUGCAGAAGACAUCUCUGGCGUCCGACAAUCUUUAGUCAGCCAGUAGGAAAGCACCUUGGAUGUAACAACCAUACAAAAGCAUAAAAAUGUGAUUGAUAUCUGCCUUGUGUUUUACAUUUCUGAAACGUUUGAGGAAUAAAACACAGUGGAUGUUUAAAAUAAAAGGUAAUUAAUGCCCUUCAGACACACUGGAUAUGCUUCCAGAGAGAAUGACUCUGAGGGUGCUUUGAACUGCAAUCGUGGCGGACUCUUGAGUGGUACAUUCAGUUCAUUCAUAAUCUCUACCAUGGGUAGAGAUUAUCAAAAAUCUGGGCACUUUUUAACAGGACAGCAGCCCAAUCACUGAACUUUAUAUUUUUACAUCUGCCUUGAUUUUUAAACUAUUCCUAAUUGGAUUUACUCUGCCACUCGUUUUUUUAUUUUGUUUUCUUUUUUUUUUCUUUUGGCUGAGAUACAACUCACAUUGCUACCUGUCUGUGUGUAUGAUGAAUUUAUCAUGUGUAACACACCACUUUGUGAUUUCAUUUAUUGUCAAGGCUAGAGUCGGUGCUGACCUUCACACUUACAUUGUCAUGAAUAGUAGAUGGUAUGAAUGCUGACAUCAUUAUUAGUUCACAACAAGGGGAAACUGAGCCGGAGUGUUGCUUUUAUUACCUUGUUAAUAUUGUGAGCACCAGUAGAAUCUAGAAAGUUCAAAGAGUAGACACGUACAACAUACAAAGCAGAGUACAAGGUCAGCUUCAGCAAAACAACAGGAGAUGCAAGUCAUGUAAUUCAAUAUACAUAAAUUAUAAAAUGCAGCCAUAGGAGAUGAAGAGGAACAAAGUUUGAGUUAUUUUAGGUGUAAAAUGACUACACAUCAACUGAAAGUAGCUUAUGAGGUCACACUUUCAGUUGCAUAGAUUUCAGGACUCUUCAUAUAAAUCCUUUACUUCCAAUAUGGCAAGUCUGACAUCACCAAUUAUUUACACAAAUUACUUCAGGUGACUUGUAGUUCACCAUGAAUGACUGGGGUAUGUUUACAUGGAUGCCCAGUUUGUGUCUGGUGUCACCUACAAUUCAGAGAACAUUGUAGCCAUUCAGCCUGUAUGUGUCCAAGUUUCAAAGGAAUGCAAAUUUAUAUGCAGCGUCAUGCAUGCCAUAUUUUUAUGAAAGAAUGGCUCUUUGAGCUUAGCACUGGGAGUGGCCCAUAUAUGCCACUCCUUGUGCAGGGUAGCAAGUAUGCUGUUGUUUGGUUUCUUUUGAAUGUAUGGCACUGUGCCCUUAGCCAUUUUUUUCAGGUUACUAUAGGUAUCAUGUGCACAGUAAAGCAGAGUGCAUGCAUCACUUUACACAGGGCUAUUGCUGUUUGCCGACUAGCACAUGAUGGCUUCUUGUGCAUGUGUCAUUUUGGGGCAAUACUGUGUUUUUCUUUUUUGCUCCUUCAUUCUUUAGCUGGUUGACUAUAACAUAAUUCACGCAAUAUUAUACUGACUGGCCUGUCUGGGCAAAUGACCCUGUCUAGGUUAGCUCCUUUUAUGAUAUUUUCGGUAUUUGCAAGCCACAACAUGUGGCAGCUUGUGCACAGCACUAUGUCUUCUUUCCAUUGUGUUUUUCUGAUUUAUCAUAGCACUUUGCUCUUUCACUGAUCUGUGUAGAACCAUAUUAGAAACCAACAAUGUUUUACAAAAUGAAGAGAUCUCAUAUUUUAAUCUAAUUCAGUGACUUCUCACUCUUUAGAAGUAUUUUUUGCUUCAUAUUUACAGCCUGGAAUUUCUUCUUGAAAUUAAUUGAAGUAUCUGCUUUUAUGAAUGAAUGAAAAGAUUUUCCCAAGCUCCAGUUUAUUCAUGCACUCUAGAUUAUCAAAGAAUGUUUGCAAGCUAAAUUGUUAUGGAACCUCUUCUGUCCAAAUGGUUGGUGUUACAGCAAAAUACAAAGCAGUUCUGAAAAAAGGAAGGAUUGCAUUUUCGGUGUGAUAGUAGGGACACUUGCUUCUUGUUGAUAUUCCUUCUUUACACUGAAGUCAAAGAAGCCAACAAAUCAUCGGCCAGUUCAUAUAUUAUUGUGAUGUCUACUCCAUCUCUGUUUGGACUGAUAAUUUUGUGUAGCUACACUUUGAAAAGGCUACAGCAUAGGUUUCCAAAUGCCGUCCAGGGGACCCCAUGGGGCUGCAGAUUGUUGUUCCAACCAACUUUUGUUUUUAGUUGGACUUCUACACUAUUUAAGCCAGAUGUUACUGCACAGUAUUAGAUGUUUUGGGGUCACUGUAGAAAUUACAAAGCUAAGUCUAUAGAGAAAAGCCAAGCAAAAUGACACCUUUUAUUGGCUAACUAAAAAGAUUACAAUAUGCAAGCUUUCGAGGCAACUCAGGCCUCUUCUUCUUGCCUGAAGGGGCCUGAGUUGCCUCGAAAGCUUGCAUAUUGUAAUCUUUUUAGUUAGCCAAUAAAAGGUGUCAUUUUGCUUGGCUUUUCUCUACAUUCAUAAUGGCUAACACAGUACAACACCCUAGUACUAAAGCUAAAUCUAGUAAAUUUGUAUUUGAAUUUAACAAGCAAGGGAUCAAUUUUGUCCUUUUUUCAGAUUUUCAUCAUCAUAGUUUCCCUUUUGCCUGUUGUUUAUUUAAUGUGCUGUAUACUAAUAAGAACCUUAGUGGCCCUAAUGCUGAAGUAGUUGCAGCCUUUCAGCAUUCAGUGUCAUUCGUUCAGGUUUCUGCUCUGUUCUUUGUAAAUUGUCAUAAAUAAUAGAGCAAACUACAUAGGAAAAAGGCAAAUUAAUAGGCAAACAACAAAAGAUGUUUACGCCUAUAAAGCCUUAAUAUAAAUAUUUGUAAACGUAAAACUCAGUUUGCUGUGCUUCUCUGAAUAUGGAAUAUGAGAAAAAGAAAAGACCAGUUAAUUAAAUGUGAUUAGAGGUAAAAUGUCUCAGUGAUUGUGAAACUGUUUGAAACAACAAUCUGCAGCUACAGAGGGUCUCCAGAACUGAAUUUUAGAAUCCCUGGGCUUGGGGAAAAAAAGAUAUUUUUUAUCAUUGUCAUCAUCACUGUCAGUCAUAGUUAUGGAAGGCCAGUAAUGUGUAAGACUUGCUAUGAAAAUGAAUGCUGACACCAAUAUCCAUCCAUGGAUUAUGAAAGCCACUUACACAAUCCAGCAUCAUUUCAGCAACAGCUUGUUCCAGUAGCAAGGAGCACAAGGCAAGAAUCAGUCCAGGACAGCAGUCUGUCAAAAGGCACAAUGCACACAACCACAUGCACUCGGAUACAGCCAAUUCAAAGUCAGAAGUUAAGGAGAAAAAUGGAGAAUGUUGGCAAACACUUUUCUUCAAAGGAAAAAUUCUAUUUGUCUCCCAUGGUCUUCAGCACACUCCUUACAGAACCUAAUGCGGUGUUUUCAGAAUUAUAAAGUAAAACCUCGCUAUGCAUGUCCACUUGAAGUAAAUCCAGUUGAAGGGUGCUUCUUACGACGAGCACGGGUGUGUGCAUGAAUGGUGCCCUGUCCAGUCUUGUGUUCUGCUUUAAACCCACUGCUGCCAGGACAGGCUUCAGCUCCACUGUGACCUUGAAACAGUUAAAGUGAGUUUCACAAUGUUAGGUUAAAUUGCAAUACGGAUUUAAAAAUCAAUCAUCAAAAUAAAUACUGUACUGAUUCUCCAUAUGCACAAAAAUUAAAUUAAUUUUAUAUAAAGCUAUUGUUUAGCAUACAAUGCCCCAAGGCACUUUACCAGUACAAAUAUGAAAUUAUAUAUAUAUAUAUUUAUAUAUUUUUGAAAGUUGGCAGGUUAAGUGACUUGCUCAUGAUCACAUGGUGGGUUAGAGGUGGGCACUGAUCCUCGCAGUUUAAAGUCCACACUAUCCUGCAGUAGUUACCAUGAAGCUGUACUGAGACAACAGCACCUCCAGCUCUGCUGCCAUGACUUGUCUGCUGCUGUGAAGUUUCAAGCCCAUCUGGGUUUUCUGCCAGCACUGUUCACCUUUGUUCAGAGUCAAUGUGGUUUUUAUUUUAUUCUGAGUACACUUUGUACACAGACUGUGUGAAAGUCACUGGAGAGAGGUGAGGCAGUGUCAGACACAUCGGUUAAGAUAAAAACCAAAAACAACAAAGAAGCUGCAGCUUCCUAAAGGUUAACAAAAUAUUUUUGCAGCUUCCUAAAGUCACUGCAAUGCUUACAUUCCUUCUUUUAUUCUGCAAUAAAAACCUUUUGCAAAGGUUAACUUAUUCUUUUAAAAAGUAAACAGAAUAUAUAUAUUUUUCCUACAUAAAUUAGGAUUUGUUUCAUAACUGAAAUAUGUUUUAGUUUUGUAUUGUUAAGGUGGGAAAAUGCAGAAAGGGUUGCCUGAAAGCUGAAACUUGUGGCUUUCUUCUGAAUGAUCUGUCUCACCAAGUCACAUAAAAUAAAAUGAAGAGCGGCAGAUGUGUGCAAAAGGUCUUGUGAAGAGAUGAGCGGCUAUUACAGAAUUGCAAAAAUUGAAACAAACUCUGCUUUUACACUACAGCCAUCUGUAAACAGGCAGUGCCUAAUAACUGGCACUGUUGUUCUGUGGUAACAGAAGUGACCUCUCCAGCAACACUAGUACAACAGCCAGAGCCAAUACCUGGAAGGGCAGCAAACCUUUUAUGAGGUCACACUGUUUCAGAAACCCCAUAUGUCAAGUGGCAGCUUUUUAUUGCUAUUAAAAUACAUUCCAAACAUCUUUAUGCAAGAUCGCUGGCAGAUGUGACUACGUCCUGCCGCUAUUUAUUCAGCGACGUGAGAGCUAGGAUGGCUUCUCCUUGGGUUGACCAGGGUUUUUAUAUUUUUAAUUCCAUUAUCUGUGUACCACGUGAAGUAUGUUUUUUGCUCCUCCCUAUUUUUAUUGCUUAGCACUUAUAUUUUUGGAUGCUUUCUGUGCAGAACAGUAUAACUUUGCAACAAAAAGUUGUUAAAAAUAUUUGAUAUCUUUGUCGUAUUACAUUUUCUUUUUAAUAAAAAAUGAAAACUC